AUGAACACCGCACAAUUGGAUGCCGCUCAACAGGCGAAGUUACAGUUAAUGCAAGAAAUGGAAAUUGAAAUGAUGUCCGAUCUCUAUACCCGUAUGACUCAAGCUUGUCACAAAAAAUGCAUCCCUCCAAAAUACGCCGAUGCAGAACUUGGAAAAGGCGAAUCGGUUUGUCUCGAUCGUUGUGUAGCCAAAUAUUUGGAGAUCCACGAGCGAAUAGGCAAAAAACUGACAGCCAUGUCUGCACAGGACGAAGAUUUGAAGAAAAAGAUGGGGGUUUAAGAAAUCUGUUGUCAAGCAUCCAUGCAUAGUAAAAGUGUGUUCGAAACGUUUAAUCAUUGUCAAACUAUUAACAUAUGAGGUAGUUUAUACGAAUUAGCUUUUUUUACCACUUCGGUUCAUGUUUGAAUUGUUUUAUAAUGUUUCUCACCUGAGGAUGUGCUACUGCGUGUACCAUAAGUUUUAUUAUGUAUGUGAAACGACUAGUAGCGUUUGUUCUAUGAUGAGAAAUAUAUGAAAUGUAAAUCAA